UGCGGGAAUUGUGGUGGGACUUGAUCAGCAACAGUGUGCAGGUGACGGCGUGCAGUGGAGAGUGUUAGAGUGUGAAGGGAAGCUGUGUUGUGGUCUGUGGCUGGUGUGUGUUGUGGUGUCGCUGUGUUUGUGUCGCAGUGCUGAGGAUGGAACUUGCGAAGAUGACGCCGAAUAGGAUCCUCCCCUGGGUGUACCUGGGGGUGAUGACCUACACAUACCUCGUGGGGGAGCUGAGCCACUUCCUCCUGGGCAUCGUGUCGCGCCCCAUGAGCCAGGAGCUGCACUACGGGGACCUGGCGUGCCUGCCCAACCCAGAGGCGGCCACUCAAUCUGACUCAUGCCGCGAGAUCUACAACGAGACGCAAUGCAUUACCUUCCUGGAGGAGGAUGACGGCAGCACAGACAGCUCCAGCAACACCACCACCUGCAUCUGGAACUACUCCGGACUUGGGCUGGAGUACCAGGUGCUAGCGGGGCCUGCGUUCGUGGCCGUCUUCACCACCUCGGGAGUCCUCAUCGGUGCCAUCGCGGACAGGUUCAACAGGAAGGUGGUGGUGACGAUAUGCUGCGGCGUGCUCACCCUGGCCACGGGCAUGACAGGGGCCGCUAUGAACUACUGGCAGCUGGUGAUAUUACGCAUGCUCAUGGGCGCGGGAGAGUCUUCCUUCACCCCAGUCUGCAGCAGCAUGAUAUCAGACCUGUUCCCUGAGUCCAUCCGUGCCCUCGCCCUCGGAAUCUUCAACUGGGGCAUCUACCUCGGCUACGGCCUCUCCUACGCCGUGGGGAAUUUCGUGACGGCGGCUGACAUCGGUGGCCUGGGGUGGCGGUGGUCGUACAUCAUCACGGGCAUCGGGGGUGUGGUGGCCACCUUGCUGCUGCUGCUGGUGGUGAGGGAGCCGCCGCGGGGAGCACAGGUGAGCGAGCCCGGCGGGGACAAGAGAGAGGUGGAGAAGGAGACAAAUUUCACAGAGGGUUCGCGCAUCACCGGGGAGACUGUGGGCGUGUCCUCCGAGGUGCUUGUUGAUGAGUCCACCAAGAGCAGCCUGAAGGACGUGGUGAAGUCCCUCUUUAAGCCUCCCGUGGUGUGUUUGGCCUUCGCAGCGUGCUUGAGACACACAGCUGGGUUCUCGUGGGCGUACAACACACAGCUGUACUUCCUCACCUACUACCCUGACUUCAACUUGGGUCUAUGGGUGACCGGCUGCUCUAUCAUCGGCGGCUCCCUGGGCGUGGCUGUGGGGGGCUUCGUGUCGGACCGCCUGGUGAAGAGACUUGGGCUGCGGGCUCGCCUCUAUGUGUUGGCAGGCAGUCAGUUCGUGGCCACGCCCUUCGCUGCCGGGGUGCUGUUCUUCCCCCCGCCAGGAGCCUUCUUCAGCCUCCUCGCAGCGUACAUAUUCGCUGAGAUGUGGUUCGGGGUGCUCUUCGCUGUGCUGCUGGAGUUGGUAUCAGGCUCCGUCCAGUCCACUGCCCUCGCCGUCUUUCUCUUCGUCAUGAAUAACGUCGGCGGGAACCUGCCCGUGGUGGUUGACCCGCUAACUGACCUCGUCUCGUACCGCGGCGCCCUCAUGAUCAUGUACCCAGGGGGAUAUCUGGCCAGUUCCGUCGUCUUUCUGCUGACGAGUUUCCUGCUGUGAGGGGAAGUGAAGGGCGUACUGGCGAUGAGGGAAGCCGGAAGGGAGAAGCACUGCUGACGCUGAAGAUGCUUAUAGCAGAGACACUCAACAAGGAACGAAGUAAAUGACGCAAGUAUUUCUGAAGAUGAGACCACAGACGUGGGUUGUGUGACAGACUCCCUCCUGCUGCAGGGAGAGGAAUGUGACGGUGGGAAUGUAGUGAGAAGAGUUGAGGUUAAAAUCUUCCGUCGUGGCAAGGCUGUGAUAGCUGUAGUGGAAAGCAAUUGUGUGUGUGUGUGUGUGUGUGUGUGUGUGUGUGUGUGUGUGUGUGUGUGUGUGUGUGACAGUUUAUAUAUUUACUGUCUUAAGUACAAUCUGAUUAUAACUAUUCUUACAUAUGUACGCACAUCAUAACAUGGGAAGGCUGCAGAGACAAGUCUCAAUGGUAGACUCAGAUAAACAAAAUAACGUUUUUUUUUUUUUUUUAAUACAGGAAACAUAACAGUGCAUAUAUUAACAUGCGCAUCAAAAUAAAAUUAAUAAUUACAGAAAGCUGGUAUAUUUUUCUAUUCAUUCUUUUUUGCAGGUGAAAUUAUUAAACAUUCACAUUGUAGUAUUUUACGUAGUUUAUUUUAUUUUUUAUUCUUUUAUUUAAUUAAUUAAUUAUUUAUUUAUUUAUUUUUUUUACAUUGUCCUUGAAGGUGUUAAUAAUUCGAUACUUUCAUAAUGAGCUGGGCAAGGACUUCCAUGCCAGAGUCACAGCAUGAUACUGAGUUGCGGCAAUGGCUGGUCUGUGUGAAGAACAGUGAAAAGUCAGCAUGAUUCUUCCACGUGUGCAGACCUUGACCCUUGACAAAAAAGUCUUGAAAUGCUGAGGGUGUGGCUGUGUCAAGGAGUGAUACAUUAAUUAUUACGAAAUACAUACGUAUUUGUAUAUAUUGAACAUUUGAUACAUUUUAUGAUUUAAAUAACUCUUCUGUCUGUUCAUAUUUUAAGUGUGAUCCUUCUUGAAAUUUAUCUUCUAUGCAUACUUUUAAUACACAAUACAGAAAACAUUCCCAUCAGUCCCAGACAGAUGCAAUCCAUGAUUUUCGAGUAACAAAGCGUACUGUGUACUACAAGCUAACCAGUGCAUCGCUGACAACAUUACGUCAAGCUUGGAAGAUUUAGGCGGAAGAUUUAGAUAAACAGAUCAAAACUUUACGAAUGUAUUUCCUCUAAUCCACUUCUUCAUAAAUUUAUAUCGUUGACUAUACAAGACGGAUAACGUGAUAAUCUGCUGACGCUGGAGCAUCAUUAUACGCUAGAGGUCUGUUCUGGAACACUAACCUGUGAUUUACUAACGUUAAGUUGUAAACUGUUAACUUUUAACCAUGGCAUAGUUUUCUAUGAAGAGUAACAAGUGUGUGUGUGUGUGUGUGUGUGUGUGUGUGUGUGUGUGUGUGUGUGUGUGUGUUGCAUCUAGGUGAUAUGUAUAAAUAAAAGAACUUUUAUC